GUUCCCUUGGCUUCGAACUCCUCAUUGUGUGUUCGUUCCUCUCCAACUGUCACGAACUUGCACUCUUCUUGACGGGGACUUGGGCAUUUGCUCCAACCAAAUCCCAAGGAUCGUGGUCGACCGCUGAGCCUCAUCCUGUCCCUGUCCAGCAGCUUGCAACCUCGACCUCAUCGCCUCUUUGAGUCUCACUCUUACUCUCCACUCUUGACCUGAACAACAGCACGACAAAGGCACUGCCUCUCACGACGAUAACUCGCGCAAUUUGAACCACGACGACAGUCACGAAUAUCUGCUUGACGAUUUGAUCUUUACAAUCUCCACUCUCCACUCUACCGCUCUAAUCUUUCACCGUCCGCUUCGCCGGAUGCUUCAAUGAUCAACAAGUUCAACGUGUACCAUCUGCUUUCAGAUCUCCCCCGAGUCUACUCGGCCCUAUUCAACCAAGGCAUCUAGCAUAACAGAGCUGUGUCUUUACAUUCCACACAUCGUUCACCCUUCAAGUACGACUCGACCUCGACGACAGGCCUCUUGACCAAUUCACCUAUCGUGUGGUCAAUCUCACACACCAAUCUCACCUCAUCCCAUUGGCAACACCAACUCACAUCAUCAUGAACGCGGAAACGCCAGAAGGCUCGGCUGCUCCGCCCUCGCCGGCGUCGACAUCAGCAAAGACUGUCACCGACAAGACCAACAAGAAGCGAGCCUCGCCAUCCGGCGACUCAGAACAGCCCACAAAGGUCACCAAGCGACGAGCUGCCCGUGCCUGCGUGUCCUGCCGUGCCCGAAAGGUCCGCUGCGACGUGGUCGAAGGAGCCCCUUGUGGAAACUGUCGCUGGGACAAUGUCGAGUGCGUUGUACAAGAGAGCCGCAGACGAAAGAAGAAUCUUCUUACCGCCAGCACCGCGGGCCAGCCCGUCUCCACUGAAGCCCAAUUGCGCUGCAAGACCGCAGCCAGCAAUCCCAUGGGCAUGAGCACAGCCGAUCUUCGGCGUCCUAGCAGCGGCUCUGCAAUCUCGACGAGCAGCAUUGACGGGCCCAGCAGCUUCCUGAGCAAUUCCGGACUUGACAACCAUGUCCCUCACAUGAUCUACCAACGAUCUGGGUACCGCCACGACCCUGUUCUGCUAAACAAGCUGCACUCCAAUGAUGGCAACCCUCAGCGUCCCGUGUGGUCCAAUAACCUCAUGACAACUCCUUCCGUCUUUGACAGUCUGCGCACUUCUCAGUUCAUCAGCUCGCUUGAGGAGCAGGAUUCGACUGCUCAGCUCCCUGCUUUUCUGCGCCCCCUACCAACCAAGAUUGCCGCCGAGGAUGUCAAGUAUCUUCAGAUCAAGGGUGCCCUGUCUGUGCCCACCCUGCCGCUUCAGAAUGCCCUCCUGCAGGCUUACGUCGAAUACGUCCACCCGUAUAUGCCGCUCAUGGACCUGAACAGCUUUCUCGGCAUCAUAAACACACGUGAUGGUCAGAAUGGCCAGACCAGUCUCUUUCUCUACCAAGCGGUCAUGUUUGCCGCGUCCGCUUUCGUGGAUAUGAAGUAUCUUCGCGAGGGUGGUUACACUACACGGAAGGCGGCUCGCAAGUCCUUUUUCCAGAAGACCAGGCUUCUCUACGAUUUUGAUUACGAGUCAGACCGCCUUGUCCUCGUCCAGGCACUGCUCCUGAUGACGUAUUGGUACGAGACCCCUGAUGAUCAGAAAGACACUUGGCACUGGAUGGGUGUGGCCAUCUCGUUGGCUCACACCAUUGGCCUCCACCGCAACCCUGGAUCGACGAGCAUGGCCCCGGCCAAGCAGAAGUUGUGGAAGCGAAUCUGGUGGUCGUGCUUCAUGCGAGACCGUCUUAUUGCCCUGGGUAUGCGACGACCCACUCGAAUCAAGGACGAGGACUUUGACGUCCCCAUGCUCGAGGAGAGCGAUUUUGAAAUCGAGGUCCUAGCCGACGACAACACCGUCAUCCCCGCUAGCUGCACGUUGGUCCGCAAUCUGGAUAUGCAGCGAGAACUGGCCAUCAUGUGUAUCUCCAAGGCCCAACUCUGCGUGUGCAUCAGCCACAUGCUCAAGGCACAGUACUCGGUUUUGAUCCGGGACAAGAUGAAGCCUGAGAAUACGACCAACAGCACCAUGAUGCUGUUUCCUAACAAGCAGCUAGAUAACGUCGAGGGCGUUACUGAGGUCGACCACGAGCUCAUGGCAUGGGCAGAGUCCCUCCCAACUUGCUGCCAGUACCGUACCCUGACUCCUUUGGAUGUCAAGGAUGGACGAUCUACCAUUGCCGUGCAGCGCACGCUGCUCCACAUGGUUUACUACACGACUAUUUCGGCCCUCCAUCGACCUCAGUUUCUGCCGUCGUCGCCUCUGCAGGCCCCUACGACAUCACGCCAGGUCCAAGACAUGUCACGACUGCGAGUGCGUGAUGCCGCCAUGCACAUUACUCGAAUGGCCACGGAACUUCACCAAUGCCGCCUGGAGCGGUUCUUGCCCACGACUGGUGUUACCGUUAUUCUCCCAGCCAUGAUUAUUCACCUGCUCGAGAUGAAGAACCCCGCACCACAGGCUCGCGAGCGUGCCACUCGAGGUUUCCGCCAAUGCAUGAGAGUGAUGGAAAAGCUUCGAGAAGUGUACGCGGCUGCCGACUACGCAACGGGCUUCCUCGAUGCUGCUCUUCGCAAGGCCGCUAUCGAUAUUAAUGCUAGUGUUGGCCCCUCAACCUUGGCCAUGAUGAAGCGAGUGCCAGUCGAGUUCAGCGCUCAGACGCCACCACCCGAGAACGCGCCUUACAUGACUGCUGCCGAGUCUCUCUUUAAUGAGAGGCCGAAGGAGCAUCGACCACAGCCGACCCCGACCAUGAUGCCACCCAACACAGUCAAUGCUGCAGCCUUGGAGCUCUCUACGAACUCGCCGCCCCAGACUGAACUGGAGGAGUCCCCUGCUGGCCUGACACCCAGCGUCAGCGCCGCAUCCGAGGAGAUCCAGUUGGAUGUCGGAAACAUGGAUCUUGAUUUCAUGCAGGGUCACGAUGAGUUUGACUGGAACGCCGUUGCCGGAACUGACUUUGAUGUUGAUCAAUGGCUUCAGUUCCCUCCUGAGGGUGUCACCAACCAGGAUGACAACCUGAUUGCUGGUGUACUUGGACGAGGAGUCGAGGAGCCUACCAUGUCGGCUGAGCAAGCUCUGAACUGGGCUAUCAACGCCGAGGCUGAUGCCACAGCCAGGCAGCCAGAUGGCCGCGUCCAGGGAGAAGUUCCUGCCCAGGCGUAAACAUGAUUCUGGCAACUAUUCUUUUCUUGUUUGGCCCAUUUUUGAAGAUGAUUUAUGGAUGGAGUCUGGCAUUUUGUUUCUUAUUGUGUUACCUGGUGUACAUGUCUGCAUUAGAGCCGGCGAUAUUGGAACUCGGGGCGUUGAGCGCGGGCUCUGGCUCCAGGUGGCGCAACUGUUUGGGUAUGGGACGGCGGAUUUAUUUGGGUGGGAUUUGUUCGGGUUGGUUCCUGGACAUCAAAAAGCAACGCUUGGCAUGACGGUUGAUGAAGGGAAUUCACAUUUGGAGUUUGAAGGAUCUACCCGAGCAAGAGAAGGAAGAGGGCGCACUCGGUUUGAGAGGAAUCAUGACCCAUAUCUCUUGGCGCCCUCACUCUCACCAUUUACACAACAUCCAAUCUACACAGUACAUAUUAGCUAUUGAAUACACAAGAGUCAAGAUCCAUUCG